AUGCGCUGCGACAGCGCCUUCCUCCUUGGUGAGCUGGAAAACGUAGAGGCAAAGAGAUUGUUUGAGAAGAUGGUGGGAGGCAAAGUUAAAGUUGGGUGGGAACCCUUGGUGGAGGAAGCACUCGGCAUCUGUGCAGGCUUGCCUUUCCUAAUUGUUGCAAUAUCAAAGCUUUUUAUAGACACUACUUACUCUGCAUGUAAGUGUGCUUUGACACAAAUCUGGAGCAAAGAUACCGGUGAGACAGGUGAGUUGAUAAACAAGACUCUGCAAAUUAGUUAUGAACGUAUAAAACGCAAGGAGGCGAAGUCAUUGUUACAACUCAUUGCUGUUUAUGGUGUCUCUAAGCCCUCUCUUGAAAAUUUGGUGAGGUACGGCUUUGGUUUGGGGUUACUCGGAGAAAAUAGUAGCAUGGAAGAUGCUAGAAAUAUGUUGAGCUUACUGAUCGAAGAUCUUCAAGACUCCUCCCUAUUGUUACGCAGCGAAGAAGGUGAUGGUUUCAAGAUACAUGACUUGGUCCGUGAGUUUGUUGCCUCGAUCAUUUCAAAAGACCGCCCUCUUCUUGUGCUGAAAGACCAGUCUGUUGCAAAGUUGUCCCAGGACAAGCUCCAAAGUUGCGAGGCGAUAUGCUUUCCCUACGUUGACAUGAAAAAGCUUCCCCAAAAAUUAGUUUGUCCGGAAUUGCGCAUCUUUUUGCUGUUCGCAAACGAUAAAUCCUUAGAGGUCCCAGAUUCAUAUUUCAACUUUAUGAGAAAACUCAAGGUCUUAAAUUUCACUGGGAUAUGUCUCAGUCGUUUGCCUUUGCCGUUUCAAUUCCUGGAGAACUUACGCACUCUAUGUAUGGAUAAUUGUUCGUUAGAAGAUGUGGCCAUUCUUGCCGAGCUUAAAGGGUUAGAAAUUCUCAGCCUUAGAGGUUCCAAAAUUCAGCGAUUGCCUAAAGAAAUUGGGCAACUGGUAGAGCUGAGGUUAUUAGAUUUGAGCCAUUGUUAUCAACUUGAGAUAAUUGAACCGGAUGUACUUGGAAGGUUGACCAAAUUGGAGGAGUUGUACAUGGAGUGUAGCUUUGAUAAGUGGAAUGCCGUUGAGCAAACUCCAGCAACUAAUGCCAGUCUUAUUGAGUUGAAUAACAUGAAGAAACUACGCACUCUGCAUGUGUCCAUUCGCGAUCCAAGUGUGCUCCCAAAGGACCUAGAUGUUGAGAAAUUAACCAAGUACAGAAUCUCAAUAGGAAAUGUGUGGUGCUGGAGCGAGUACGAAGGAUUGAGGACAUUGAACCUGGAGUUGAAUUCAAAUAGCGAUAUUCUUCGCGAAAAAUGCAUACAAAGUGUCUUACGCAAAACCGACGGUCUGUUUUUGCAAGAUUUGAACGGAAUUGAGCAAAGUAUCUGCCGGUUAUCCCAAGAACGUUUUUCACAAUUAAAGCAUCUACAGGUCGAGGGUAGUUCCUCCCUCCAUUACAUCCUCGACUGCUCUUCCCUUCCAACUUUUAAGGCGUUGGAGUCAUUACUUCUCAAGCGUCUCAUCAAUUUGGAGAAGAUAUACCACAACCAUAUCUCCACUGAGUCCUUCCGUGCAUUAAAAGUAGUACGAGUUGAAGGUUGCGACAAGAUGAAAGUUCUAUUUCCUCGUUCAGUGGUGAGACAACUUCCGCAUCUAGAAAAGAUUGAAGUUGUCGAUUGCAAGUUAAUGCGGGGGAUUGUAGAUGUUGAUGAUGAUCGUGGAAAAUUUGAGUUGCCUAAAUUGCGCGUAUUGAAAUUGCGUGACUUGCCAAAUAUCCAGAAUUUUAUCACCGCCGGUUCGUCUCCUUUGAGCAGGACAUUAGACGACCACGUUGGCACUCAAAUUGCAUUCUUCAAUGGACGACUGGUUGCCUUUUCAAGUUUGGAGACAUUAGAAGUUGAUGGCUUGGGCAAUCCCGGGUUUAUGUUUUCCCCAUCCAUGGUUAAAUCUCUUGCACAACCGAGAAUACUAAAGAUAGGCGAUUGCAAGAAGAUGGAGGCGAUUAUUACGGAGGAAGAAGGAUUGGGAGUAGAAAUAUCAGAAACUCUGGCAUUUCCAAUGUUAACCGAUUUAUCCUUAACACGGUUGGAAAGUCUUACGUGCUUCUCUCACGAAAAAUGUUCACAAGAAGAUCGGAGUCUGGACCGCGUCCAAUCAUGCUCCAGUGUGCUUUUCAAUCGAGAGGUUGCCUUUCCAAGAUUGGAAUUAUUAGAUAUCGACGGCUUGGAUAACCUCGGAUUUAUGCUUUUCCCAUCCAUGGUUAAAUCUCUCGCGCAACUGAGGAAUCUAAGCAUACGGCAUUGCAAGAAGAUGGAGGCGGUCAUUAUGGAGGAAGAAGGGUUGGGAAUGGAAACAUCGAAAACUCCGGCAUUCUCAAUGUUAACCAAUUUAUCCUUAGAACAUUUGAAAAGUUUAACGUGCUUUUCUCACGGUUCACGAGAAACUCGAAGUCAGAACCGCGUCAAAUCACGCUCCUCUGCACUCUUCAAUCAAGAGGUUGCUUUGCCUAGCUUGGAGAAAUUAUGUAUCACCGGCUUGGAUAACAUCCAGAUGAUAUGGGACAAUCAAGUUGUUGCGGAAUCUUUCCCCAAGCUAAAAUUGCUUUCUGAGGAUGAAUGCAAUAAGCUUGUGACCGUUGUUCCUUCUUUCGUUCUGGGACGGCUCAAGAGCCUGGAAAGUUUGGUGGCAAAAGCAUGUGUUUCACUUGAAGUUGUUUUUGAACUUCAGCCACUACUUCCUCUAGAUGGGCAUCCUGUUGCUCUUCCGUUACGAGAGUUGACAGUAUCGGGAUUACCAAAGCUAAAGUGUGUAUGGGAUAAGGAACUCCACCGUCAAGUUAAAUUCCAGCGUCUACGUUACGUUAGCAUUUCCAAAUGCAGUGGCCUGACCUCUCUAUUUCCAGCCUCGGUAACCAGAGAUCUAAUCCAACUUGAGGAGUUGGUGAUCCAUGAAUGUGGUAAUUGUAGGAUAUUGACAGAAGUUAUUAGUUACAAGGGAAGUAAGGAGGAUCAUGAAGUGGCUUUCCAUCAUUUGAAGUGUGUGGAGCUUGAUGGGUUGGUAGAGUUGAAAUGUUUCAGCUCAGGUGGAUGUGCUUUAAUAUUCCCUCUCUUGGAAGAUGUCAUUGUGAAUCGAUGUCCCAAUAUGAAGUUCUUCUCCGAGGGGCCAAUAGAGGCACCAAAGCUGGAGAGAGUAAAAGUAGAUAGGGCGGGAUUUUGGAAGGGAAACCUCAAGAUGACCAUCCAAAAUAUGUUUAAAGAAAUGGCUACGGUUGCUAAGGCUGAGUUUGUGCGGCUGUUUGAGUUCCCCGAGCUCGUUGGAAAGUGGCACAACGAACAUAAUCCCGUCAAUUCAUCUUGGCAAUUAAAAACCCUGGUGGUGGAUAAGUGUCCCUCAUUUAUCAAUGCUAUGCCAUCCAAAUUAAUGCUUGUUUUGGAGAAAAUGACGAGCUUGCAAGUGCGCAAUUGCGAAUCUUUGGAAGAAAUAUUCGAUCUUAAAGGGCUUGAGGCUAUGGAAAGCACUCGGGUGCUACCUCGCUUACGAGAGUUGAACUUCAUCGGUCUACCAAAGUUGAGGCAACUAUGGAACAAAGAUCUUCAAGGAACGAGGCGCUUCAAUGCUCUAUCUUCUUUGAUUCUUUAUAAAUGCAGCAACUUGACACAUGCUUUCACUCCAUCAAUGGCUUGGUGCCUUGCCAAUUUAGAAUAUAUGGAAAUAAAGGAGUGUGAUCAAAUGGAAGGAGUGAUCGAAGAGAAAGAAGGGCAGGGCAGCGCAAUGGAGAAGAUUAUGUUCCCAAGGCUCGGUCGGAUGAUACUGGAAUCGUUGCCCAAUUUGACUAGUUUCCUAUCGGGAAAGAAUCAUGUGCUAAAUUGUCCCAAAUUAUAUUAUCCGAGGAUUGCCCACUGCCCCAAAAUGAGAAGUUUGACUUGGCAGUCUUCAAUGGAUAUCGACCAUAACACGCCUUCACUUUUCACUCCACAGGUACAAUUUCUUGGGCUCAGGCACAUGGUUCUCUCUCACAUGGACAAUUUAAGCAAAAUAUGGCCCGACAAUCCUCAAGAAACUCUCACUUUUGGCUCUCUUAUGAAAGUGAAGACCAAAAACUGCGAGAGCCUUGAAAAUCUGUUUCCGCAUUGGGUGGCUACAAGUCUAACCCAACUUGAGAAGCUUCGAGUGGAAUCUUGUAGGAUCGAGGAAAUAGUCGCUAAUGGAGACAACACUCGACACUCCAAUAUUGCUCGAGUUCUUUUUCCAAAACUAACCUCUUUGGUGUUACAUGAUAUGCCACAACUCAAGACCUUUUGCCCUAAUUUGCCCACUUUGAAUUGGCAAUUCUUGAAGGAGUUGCGAGUGACCCACUGUGAUAAAUUGAACAUGUUGUCUUUUGCGGCAUCCAUGAGCAAGUGGACUCGGAGAGAUGAUCAACAGGACCUUUCAAACCAAGAAGCGCACUCUUCGUUUGAGAGGGACUUUUCCAACUUAGAGAGACUUUUAUUAGUCGCUAAGGAUAUUCAGAUGAUACAAAAUGGGAAAUUUCCCGAUGACAUCUUUGGCAAGCCAAAAGCACUAACAUUGGCAUGCUUCCAUGAUGAAAAGGCCACCUUUCCUCCUAGUUUCCUAUUAGAGAGAUUUCAGAAUAUGGAAAGUCUUGAGAUCUUCCGUAGCUCUUUUGAAGAUAUAUUCCCCGUCGGAGGGAUUGUUGACGAGGGAAAACAUCCAGUGCUUGAAAGUUUAAGAAAACUUAAGUUGAGCAAGCUACACAAGUUAAAGCGUGUGUGGAGGGAAGACUGUUUAGUGUCCAAAAUUCUUCUGAGCAUCAAAACACUUGAGGUCCGGGAUUGUCCCGAGUUGACGGUACUAUUUCCGGCCGUGACAUCCUUUUGGAAUUUGACGGAGUUGGUGGUGAAUAAUUCCUCUAGAUUGGCGACGUUAUCAUCAACCCACCACAUCGGAUCUCGCCUCCAUCCCUGCAAAGGAUUCUUCGCGCGAGCUGAGCAUGGUUUCUGCUCUUCGUCAUCGUUGCUGGAGAGAAGACGAAAGCGCGAUGCCGGAUAUGGCACCGCCGAGUCUAGACAGUCCAUACGCACGCUCCUUCACACGUCAUUUCUCCGAUUGUGGCCGGUGAAGAUAAAGGAGCUUUCCACACAAGCAUGUGGCCUUCUUCUCUGCCCGUAUGAGAGCAUUCGCGAGAGAAACAAGUCUGUGUAG